AUGGACGAAGCCGGCGCGGUACUCUGUGGUGGUUGUUGCGGCGCCAUCUGCGCCCAGAUCCAGUACGCCUUUUGCAACACCCGUCAAUACGGCACGGACGCCACCUGCGCCGACAACUGCUGCCGCUUCAAUUGCUGCUGGAAACAGGGCGCAUUUCCCGUCGAAGACUAUCCGAUUGCCAAUAGUGAGGCUCAGGAUAGGACACAAACCGUCGAUUCGUCGGCAGCAACCAAGGGUGAAGGUGGACAGCUGCCUGCGUAUACUGCGACGCCGCAGAUGUCGGCUGCCCCAGCGACGGGGUCGACGCCCGCGCCGGCAGUGCCGUAG